CAGUUUCACCUCUAAGCAACGGAACGGCAUCAACAAGCUUAUUAGAGCGAGAGAAACACAGUAUCUAAAUGAAAUACUGCGCUUCGAUUGCGUUACGAUGCUAUAGUCUGCUGUAUUAGACGCGCAGCAGAAAAAGUGAAAUAUUGUGGUUAAAAUGGUUCUUGUUCUGGAAUUCAGCGUGCGACGCGUAGGAGCUCACUUGACAGCUGGAAUGUAACGUUAACUGGGUUUCUUAUGCUCUGGCUAACACAGCUAGCUGUCUAUAGAGGUCUGUGAGUAUGAGAAUAAGAUGCAUUUCAUUACGAGUACACAGCAGAUGCAUGCUUAGGCGUAUAUAGAAGCAUGCUAGGAUGUUCAAAAAUGUGUUCGGAUCGGGAUUCCUGGUGAGGACCGCUCAUGUCAUCUUGACAUGGGUUAUAACGUUGAUUCUCUUCCUCCACGACACCGACCUCCGCAAACAGGAGGAGACGGGGGAGCUCACACUGCCAGUUCUCUUUGUGCUGCUGGUCCUGGUGUCUGUGUUGCUGUACUUUGCAGUUUCGCUCAUGGAUCCUGGUUUUGUCCUGUCUGAUGACUGUGACUUGCAGUUCACACUUGGUAUCGCAGAAGAAACACAGGAUAUGAUUCCACAGACAACCAAGUCCAUACGGCUCCGGCGCUGUGGACACUGUUUGGUACAGCAACCCAUGAGAUCCAAACACUGCCAGACGUGUCAGCAUUGUGUGCGGCGCUAUGAUCACCACUGCCCCUGGAUAGAGAACUGCGUCGGGGAGAGAAACCACCGCUGGUUUGUGCUUUAUCUGGCUGUCCAGCUUGUUGUCUUACUGUGGGGACUGUACAUGGCCUGGUCUGGCUUCAGUCACGCUCCCACCUGGCAGCUGUGGUUGAGGACCAACGGUGUGCUCCUGGGAGCAGCGGCGGUGGUGGCUGUCCUGUCCCUGACCGUGCUUCUCCUCUUGGGCUCUCAGCUGUACCUGGUGUCGCUGAAUACCACCACAUGGGAGUUCAUGUCUCGACACAGAAUCUCUUACCUCAAGCACUGCGGUGUGGACGAAAACCCCUUUGACCGCGGAACCCUGCGUAAUCUCUGGGGCUUCUUUUGCGUUUGGGAACCAGUGGUUUGGGAGCACGUGUAUUUCAAGCAAGGCAACGAUCCUAUUUAAUUCCCUUGGAGUCAGGACUGCUGUGACAAAUAACCCCUUUGAUGGAAAUUGAUGUUUUGGUGGAAAUCGCUCCAAACUGCAUCUGCAGAACAUCUUAUCUACUUUUUCCUUGUGAAUGACCCAUUCCAUUUUGAAAGCGAUUCUUAAAUGCAUGAACUUUGUAGUUGCAAUGAUGUUUGAUCAAGUGUUAUCAAAUAGGUUGGAAUGAGCAUUUUUAUAAAGGUGUUUUGUGAAUAUUUUGCCCACGUAGAACUUUGACAGUUCGUCUGUGCUGAUUUUGCACAUUUUAAUAGCAAACGCAGAACAAAAAGCACAAAAUCACUAUAGCGUUUCAGCUGUGAAUUGUGCUUUCCCAUUUAUGCAAUACAUAGAGAUAUUAAAAUUCUAUAUGCUAACUAUUUUUUUUUGGGCUCUGCUCAGAUAAUCUCUCUUUCAUGGUACUAAAAAUCUGAUGGACAAAAGUAAUUAAACUAGACAGUCUGUCAGCUUAUUUUAUAGCAGCAGCAGAAAUGAUUUUGUGCAAUUAUUGAACUUGUGAAAUACAGUCAGUUGUAUAUACAUUUUUCAAGAAAAUUGACAUCCCCUUUUAAGAUCCAUUUCAGACAGGGUAACAAAAAAUUAAUGUUUAUAAUACAAAUAAUUUCCUAUAGCACUUUAUAAAUCAGUGGUGAAACUUCAAUAUGCUUGUUAUGUGGCUUUGUUAAAUGUACCGAUUUAUCUCAGCAUAACAUAAUCAAUACAUUAAACGAGAGAAAUUAACAUAAAAAGACUGAAUUUAGAAUACAAACAAAUCAGUAUUGUAAUGUUCAACAUUACAGACAUUUUUUUUAAGCAAAACUUUAUAUUUUUAUAUAAACAGGGCCUUUCCUAUGAUACAUCAGCAUCUUAAAGAAAGAUGUAAGUGCAUGUGACACUCCUUUGACUGUUAGAUCUGUUCAUUUUGUACAAUGCAGUACAAUGAAGUCCACACUGCGUGACUUUAACAAAGUUAGAAUAUUCUCAGAAUAAUAUAGUCAUAAAAGCAAUAAUUGUUUUUGCUUUUACUUUAUUUCAGUUUCUUUAAAUUGCUUCCUUAACUUUUGCACUUGAGUGUUUUUAAAGGGUCAAUAUUAAUGCUGAGAUUUCCUGAAUGAUUUGUGCCGUUUUUGAUCAAAG